AUGGAAACUAUCGACGUGGACCCAGAUCUAUACGAUCCUGAUAGCAAUUACAGCCCCGACGACUGGCAAUCAGAAACCACGUCGAUCGGAUCAUCGCUUUAUCGCGGUUUGGUAGACAAUGGGAGGCGGUAUCAAUCACUUUCCAAUAAAGAAUACUGUAUUCCAUCCGAUGAACAACAAUUCGAAACAUAUGAGGCAGGACAUCUCGUCGAUCUCAUACUAGAAUCUGAUCGAGAUAAUCCGCUGUUUCGCUCCCCAAUCGGAUCCGACCGAGAACGACCGCUACAGGUUCUUGAUAUUGGAACUGGCAAAGGCACUUGGGCCAUUGACGUUGCUGAUAUGUUCCCCAAUUCGACCGUCCGGGGAGUGGACUUAUUUCCACCUCCAGUCACUUGGUUGCCACCCAAUUGCGUAAUCGAGGUCGACGACGUGCUCCAAGAGUGGACCUGGCGCGAACAAUUUGAUCUCAUUCAUAUGCGUAAUAUGCUCGGAUCGUUUGAUUCCAGUGAAUGGGAUCGUGUUUACCAACAGUGCUUCGAGAAAAUGGCUCCUGGCGGCUGGAUUGAGCAGCUUGAGGCCGGCCCAUUUCUCACCAGUGACGAUGGAUCCCUACCCGAUGAUAGUGCCAUGUCCAUGUGGGGCCCAAUGAUGCAAAAAUGUGGUGACCUCGCUGGUCGCUCUUGCGACAUCGUCCUUACCAUGUCGGAGAGCAUCAAGAAAGCUGGAUUUGUGGACGUACAUGAAAAAAUCUACAAAUGGCCCCUUGGUCCAUGGCCGAGAGACCAGAAGUUCAAAGAGGCUGGCCUUGUCAAUGUCCAACACUGGUUUUCCGGUAUGGAGGGAUGGUGCAUGUGGUUGCUAACCAAAUUUGGUGAGCCCGAGCCUUGGACAAAGGAACAAGUGCACGUUUACUGUGCUAGGCUCCGCAGCGAAAUGAAGAAUCCAUAUUACCAUGUCUAUCACAAAUCAGUGUGGGCUCGAAAGCCGAUGCCUGGUGAAGCCCCCAGGUUGUCAAAAUCUAGCUCCCGUUGA